AUGGAGGAAGACGACUUUGUGGUGGUUGACACCAACGAGGCCCCCUCGUCUAUCGAAAUCCCCCCUGAACUGGCUGCAACCACAAAAUGGCUUGAGCCAACAGCCUACAUUGGUGAAUCCAGUGAGCUCCAGCAGCACCUGAACUGGCUGGUCCCAGGAACAGGCGAAUGGAUCGAGCAGACGACCGAAUUUCGUCAAUGGCAGACCUCCUCAUCCCAGGGCGCUCUCUGGAUCAAGGCCAUUGCCGGAGCGGGAAAGAGCGUUCUUGUUGCCCGUCUUGUGUCGCUCCUCCAGCAACAGGGCAAGGCGCAGGGCAUCCCCGUCCUGUUCUUCUUCUUUCGCCAAAUUGUCGUGGCAAACCAUGGGCCUGAUUCUCUGGUUCGUGACUGGCUUGCUCAGUUACUCCCUUAUUCCCCAUCGCUGCAGGAAACACUCAAAGAUCUCCGAACGCGUACCAGUCGCGUCCACGAGGUGGCCUUUAACGAGUUGUGGCACAUUCUCCUCGACACACUUGGCUCGCUCAAACAGGUCUACUGUGUUGUGGAUGCUCUUGACGAGCUAGACACAAACCACACCUCGGACUUUUUACCUCGUCUAGUCGCUCUGGGCCAGCUUGCACCGGACCGAGUCAACCUGGUGAUGUCCAGCCGUCCGCUACCCCAUAUUCAAAAGGCCCUGAACGACCCCACUGUUCUCGAGAUCCGACUGGAGAACAAUCAGGUGAAUAAGGACAUUGCCAUCUUUGUCGACUAUCGCUUGCGCCAGGCUCAGCCCAACCUCAGCGAACGUGUGUUGGCGGACAUCAAACAGGCUGUCGGCAACCGCGUACACCCUUCUUUCUUGUACGCACGGUUGCUGCUCAACGAGCUUCUCGAAAAGCAUUCUGCAGAGGACUGGUCAGAUGACUCUGUUCGGCAGUCACUCGUCUCCAUCCCGGCCUCUCUCGAAGACCUCUAUACCCACAUGCUAGCCGAACAUUCUCGAAAAGCCUCAGUCCCUGAAGACCGCCAAGUCCUAAUCUUGAAGCUCGUCACCCAUGCGACUCGGCCCCUGCGCCUCCUUGAGAUAGCCACUGUUCUUGACUUUCUCUCUAUGGGCAGCGGGUCGGAGGAUACCUACCCCGACACGAAAGCAAUGGCUCGCAUGUCCUGUGGGCCCCUCUUGGAGAUCCUAGAGGACGAGACCGUUGCGAUCAUUCAUCAUUCGCUCACAGAGUUUCUGACGGAUCCAGCCAGAAUAGACGCCGGACUGCAGGCAUUCCCCGUGAUUGAUUCUUUGGAGACCCAUCGACUGAUUGCCGAGAUAUGCUUAAAAUAUCUGUCCGCAGCAGGGCUUUCGGAGUGCAAUAAAAAAGAUUCCGAGCUUCCUAAAGACCUUAAACGCGCGCAAAUGAAGCACCCGUUCACUGAUUAUGCUGCGAAGACCUGGUUCGAUCACACGCGUCGCAUACCGGAACUCGAUGAAGAUUUCCUGGCUCUUCUGGCUGAUUUGAUGCGCCCUGAGAGUACCACAUUCUCUGCUUGGAUAAGUACGGUGAUGAAGCUCAAGGACUUUGAAGUGCCUACAGUAACACCCAUCCACGCCGCUGCAUGGGCAGGAAUGGCCAAUUAUGUCGAAACGCUGUUGGCCACUGGCAUAGACCCCAAUGUUUCCACCAAGCUUGAGACAACGCCUCUUGCCAUGGCCGCCCAAAAUGGACAUGCAGAAGUAGUCAAACUUCUCCUUCGCCACGGCGCGGCUCCGGAUGAGCCGGACUUUUAUGGCAUGAAGCCGCUACACUAUGCGGCUCGGGCUAACCACCAUGCCGUUGUUCAAGCUCUCAUGGAUGUCAAUGUAAGCCCAACAACGCCCAAGACCAGGGAUCCGACACCCAGACCAUGCGGAAACGCUCCGACGAGUGUGGGCCAUACCCCAUUGCAGUAUGCCUGCUCGGCUGGAGCAAUCGAAUCCGUCCGUGCCAUGAUGCCUCAUUUCACAGAAAAGGAUGCCUGGCACGCCAUCGAGCACUCCAUCGCUAGCUCGAGGGAUCAACUGGUCGAGCUCGUGGUGACCUUCCCAGGGCUGUCGUUUGAUUCUGAUCGUGGACGCACUGCUCUGUUCCGAGCCAUCGAGAAGGUCAACUUUCCGAUCAUUCAGCUUCUACUAAAGAUGGGGUGCGAUCCCAAGUGGAAACCCAAGCGCUCCAACAUUAUUUACAUUUCACACCGGUGGAAGCCGGCCGAGUCUGCUCUCCUGGCUUUGACCAAGUCGCGCGAUCGCUUCCACACCCAUGACGCCGCAUCCGACGCUCUCCUCGAGAGGUGUCUCGAUCUGCUUCUGGACGCGGGUUGUACUGUUGAUAGCAGUGAGCUCAAGGCCUUCGUGACGAAAGGGCUACCCGGUGUGGAGAAGCUCCUGCAGCACGGAGGGAGUGUAGAGGCUGACACUCCUGGUGGCGAUACGCCGUUGCAUCAUUUUCGCCCCAAGAAGAGCUCGCAGCGCACACUCGACGCCUUAAUGCGCCACGGGGCUCAAUGGACAGUUGCGCGUAAAUCGGAUGGUAAAACCCCUCUGCACACCUGUCUUGAAGAUCACUACAGCCUCGAUGUUGAUCUACUGGCUCCAUAUAUUACGGACUGGAAUAUCCCCGAUGCCAACGGCAAUACUCCAUUGCAUCUCCUUCAAGAGCGAUCCGAGUCCAAUGUCAGAAAACUGGUAGAUCUGGGAGCGGAUCUCAGCCGUCGUAACCACGAGGGACAGACCCCUCUUCAUCUGUGCCGAAGUAAAUACGACAUAAAGGCUUUUGUGGCAGCCGGGGCUGAUGUUGAAUCGCGCGAUGCUAAAGGACGGACCAUUCUGCUGAUCAGCGUCCGUGAUGGCUAUGGCGAUGAGGAGAGAGUGAAGCAUCUGUUGGCCCACGGAGCCAAUGUCCAUGCUGUUGACUUUGAGGGUAACGGUGUCUUGAGCCAUGCUAUUCGAUCCAGAGAAGGUGGAAAGUUAUGGGAACCCCUCUUGAGCGCUGGAGCAGAUCCACUCGAGACAAACUACGGGGGAGACACGCUGUUCCACAGGUUUAUGGAUCGUUCCUCGAAGUUAUACCCCCAGAGCUCGAAUGAUGGAAUCCUGGAACGGCUGCUACAGCACAAGGAACUCAUCCCCACAGCACAGAAUCAUGCAGGGCAAACUAUCCUGCAUCUGCGCUGUCGCCAGCCGCCAAGGUUUGGCGGAAGCAAAAGCCUCCAUGAAGAGAACCUCAUUGAGCGAUUCCCAUCUAAGACAAUUGAGGCCCUUGUGGAAAUACCAGACAAUGAGGGCCGUAGACCGAUCCACGACGCAGUUGCAACCUCGGAGUAUUUGGUUGCCUGGCUCAUCGGCAAGGGCGCGACGCUCACGGCUCUCACGCAUGCCCAACAGAAUGUCCUCCACAUUGCUGCCAUAUCGAAGCAGAGCAAUACCUUGGGACUUCUCCUAGAAACUCUAACAAUUUCGCAAAGGGAGAUUCUGCUGGACCAACAGGAUAACCAGGGAAAGACUCCGCUAUUCUAUGCAUGUCUGUCAGGUCAUCUGGAAACCGUCUCGCUCCUAUUGGAAGCGGGCGCGGACGUACAGAUACCAGACAGCAACGGGGAAACUCCGCUGCAUGCCUGUGCUUACUUCAAGGCUGAUCCCUCUAUACCUGCACGCAAUCGACGCGAAUCUCCUGAUGCUGCUGUACACCAGCCAAGAGAAACAUUUGGCGUGGAUGGUGUGAUCACUGCGUUGAGGGCCCACGGGGCGAGCAUUGUUGUCCAUGAUAACCUGGGAAGAAACCCUUUGGAGAUGGCUGUAGAGUAUAGGAACGAGGCGAUGGUCGCGGCCCUGUUGGAGGACACCGAGCGAGAAAUGCUGCAAUCUGCUCCACAAGGACGUCCUCGUCGCAUUGGCCGCACAAGCCCCGAAGCCUUGGUCUUGGCCGCUCGUCAUACCAGCGAAGCCUCAGUUGUCGACAGCCUCUCUGCUCUGAAUCAUUAUGAUGCUGUUUCCACAUGUCGCCGGCUCAUGAAUGUCGGCGCACAUAAAGCAAUUGAAGAGAUGGCCAGUCGUGACCUGAGCCUGAUAAGGCCUGGACAGGACUCUCCCUAUUGCCGACCACCCGAAGACUUUCUUUACGACGUCGUGAACUGGGGACUUUGCGAGCUUUUUGAGACCCUGGGUAAAAUGAGGGGCGAAAAUAAGUGGAUUGAUGGUGUGCCAGGUGAACCGCGGGAGUCCAGGACCUUGGAGCCGUUUCUUCUCCAUGCAGUGCGACGAAAAACACCCAGUAUGGAUUUCCUGAAAGUCGUUGUUGAGACCUUUCAUGCGGAUAUCAAUAUCCAGAGCUUCAGAGAGGAAUACUACAAAGGGGGAAAUCGAGUCCUACCGUCUGCUACUGCAAUUGGCGUUCUUGCAGAGGGUGAUUACUGGUGGCAGACCGAAGGGGUCCGCUAUCUCCUGCAGCACGGGGCCAAUCCAGAUCUUUGUAAUGGAAAGGGCGAGUCACCACUACACAUCGCCCUCAAAGGCGGCUACCGUCGGGACCAGAUGGUCAAAAUUCUGUUAGAAGGCGGCGCUAACCCUAAUCUCGUGGACGAGGAAGGGAACACUCCACUAGGCCUGGCAGCGGGCAACGCCGAGCUUGUGCGUCUACUGCUGAGACAUGGAGCGAAUAUACACCAAGGAUCGAAUCCUAUACUGUUUUCUGCAAUCACCAAGCAGGAUGUCGAUACGGUUCGGGUCAUCUUGGAUGCGGGCAUCGACUGCAACAAACCAUUUACCGAUCCUCAGCCAUUGGCAGAGCAGGCCCAGCCAGAAGAACUGUCCGUCAGUGAGCAGGUUUACGGAGAAAGACGAUUUCGAGGGUUUUGGUUUGGAGAUGAGGAGAAGAAGAAAGAAAAGGACCUGCUUCUGUGUCGACCACUCCAUUAUGCCUGCCACGCGCGGUUUGAAGUUGUCGAGAGGAAGGACAAGGCGCAUGAGAUUGUGAAGCUUCUCUUGGCCCACGGCGCCAGCCCCUUCCUUUACACUAGCCCCGGGAACACGAAGGACAUUAUUAUACACGACGCCAUAUACCAGCGAGGGUUCUUCGAGCCCCUUCUUCAACAUCCGAAUCUCGAUUUAGACCAGCGAGAUGGCAAUGGCAGGACGCUUUUCCUUGCGGCAUGUUCAAAAAGAAAGCUGGAUAGUUUCGAUAGUCGAGGGACAAAAACCGGUCCGCCAGAAGCCAUUCGUCAACUGUGUGAGAUGGGUGCGGACAUGACAGCAACGGACAAUAACGGGGAUAGUGCUAUCCAUUUACUGCUCAGAGCAUCUCAAGAAGGGAACCAGUACGGCGACACAAAUAUUGAAGCCUGGAGCGAGCCGAUAUCAUUCGUGCUUGAUCGAAAGCCGGACCUGAUCAGACGACGAAACACCAAGGGAUACACCCCUUUCCAUACUGCUGCAGCCAACCAUGUAUUUUCCCUUGUUGACCUCCUCAUUGAGCGUGGCUCCAAUCCUCUCGAACCGGAUCCGAAUGGCAACACGAUCCUACACCAUCUCGCCACCUACAUGUAUAAGAACGAGCGUUCCGGAUUUUUACCACAAAUGGCGUCUUUCAUCUCACUGGGUCUGGACAUAAACGCCCGGAAUAACGAUGGCGAAACACCCUUGCUCAAGUAUAUAUCCUGCGCGAAAAGCGACCAUGGCGUCUUCAAACGGUUAUCAGUGAUUGACAAGUUCACCGACAUAGGCGCAGAUAUCUUUACGCAGAAUAAUGCCGGUGAGACUAUAUUGCACGUUAUUGCAGGUGCUACUCUCCCAGAGAGUGACGAAUUUUACGACUUUGAUCUGCGGUAUGUGAACAUCAAGGAGAGCACGAAGGAGGGUGCCUUCAAGUACUUCAUGGCCAAGGGGCUUGAUCCGUUCAAGGAGGACAAUAGACAACAAACGGCUGUGGACGUUGCGGCUGCGUGUGGGAAGGAGGGGAUCCUGGCCCUGUUUCAGACGGGCAAAGAGAAGCGGUUGAAUGUUGAUCCGGAUUAGUUGAUGAAACUAUGUUGCCCUAUUCCAUCAUCUACUGCAGUUCAGUCUUGCUAUAUUCCUCAAAUCUAUCUUGUUCAAUGCGAUUCAGAUGCCAAGGUUUGGUAAAUCGAGG